AUGGCGGGCGUAGGAAUUUCGGCCGCUGGCAUUCCGCCCAACCCAACAGUCUACGUCCGAAACCUCGAAGAACGAAUCAAGAUCGAUAAUCUGAAGGAGGCCCUGGAGGAGAUUUUCUCGGAAUAUGGCAACAUCAUUGAGAUCGUCGCGAAAACCAACCUGAAGGCCAAGGGCCAGGCCUUCAUCGUCUUUGACAGCGUCGACUCCGCCGCCCGUGCCAUAGACGAAAUCAAUGGUUUCGAGCUCUUUGAGAAGCCCAUGGUGCUGGACUACGCCAAAACGAGAAGCGAUGCGACGGUCAUGCGGGAAGGCGGCGGGGAUGAGCUGGAGGCUCAUAAGAGGAGGCGUCUAGCUGAGAAAGAGCGAAAGCAAGCCCAAGACGCCCUCGAAACCCAAAAGAAACUCAAGCGCCCCGCGGCCGCCGCCGAAGCUGCACGCCCGGCCAAGACAACCAAGGGAGCCGGUCUCAAGCCGACCUCCGGCGCCACGACCGCCGUGGUCCCCGACGAAUACCUGCCGCCCAACAAGAUUCUCUUCCUGCGCGAUUUGCCCGACGAUACCAGCCAGGAGGGGCUGUCGGCGGUCUUUGGCCGGUUCGAGGGAUUCCAGGAGGCCCGGCUGGUGCCCGGUCGCAAGGGAAUUGCCUUCGUCGAGUACGAGACCGAGUCCGGGGCCAUCAGUGCCAAGGAAGCUACGUCGGGCAUGCCUAUGGGUGACCAGGGCAAGCCGAUUCGCGUCACCUACCAGAGACAGUAA